CGCGCAGCCCGCUGAGAGCGCAGCGCGGGCACUUAGCUCCCGCCGCCCGAGAGGACGCGCCUGGCCCGCGGCCGCCGCGAUGGAGCCUCUGUCCCCGGCGCCCACGCCGGCCGGCUGGAACGCCUCCGCAGCGGCCCCCGGCGCCGGCAGCCAGAACGGGACGCUGGGGGGGCUGGUGCCCUGGCCGGGGGCCCGCGCCGUGGUGGUGCCCGUGCUGUACCUGCUGGUGUGCGUGGUGGGGCUGGGCGGCAACGCUCUGGUCAUCUACGUGGUGCUACGCCACGCCAAGAUGAAGACGGUCACCAACAUCUACAUCCUCAACCUGGCCGUGGCCGACGUGCUGCUCCUGCUGGGGCUGCCCUUCCUGGCCACGCAGAACGCCGCGUCCUACUGGCCCUUCGGCCACGUCCUGUGCCGCCUGGUCAUGACGCUGGACGGCAUCAACCAGUUCACCAGCAUCUUCUGCCUGACCGUCAUGAGCGUGGACCGCUACCUGGCCGUGGUGCACCCCAUCCGCUCGGCGCGCUGGCGCCGGCCCCGGGUGGCCAAGCUGGCCAGCGCGGCCGUCUGGACCUUCUCCCUGCUCAUGUCGCUGCCCCUGGUGGUCUUCGCGGACAUCCAGGAGGGCUGGGGCACGUGCAACCUGAGCUGGCCGGAGCCCGUGGGGCUGUGGGGCGCCGUGUUCAUCAUCUACACGUCCGUGCUGGGCUUCUUCGGGCCGCUGCUGGUCAUCUGCCUCUGCUACCUGCUCAUCGUGGUCAAGGUCAAGGCGUCGGGCGUGCGGGUGGGCGCCACGCGGCGGCGCUCGGAGCGCAAGGUGACCCGCAUGGUGGUGGUGGUGGUCGCGGUGUUUGUGGGCUGCUGGCUGCCUUUCUUCAUCAUCAACAUCGUCAACCUGGCCUUCGUCCUGCCCGAGGAGCCCGCCUCCGCCGGCGCCUACUUCUUCGUGGUCAUCCUGUCCUACGCCAACAGCUGCGCCAACCCCGUGCUCUACGGUUUCCUCUCGGACAACUUCCGCCAGAGCUUCCGGAAGGUUCUGUGCCUCCGCAAGGGCUACGGGGCGGAGGAUGCAGACGCCACGGAGCCACAGCCCGACAAGGGCGGCCGGGGCCAGGAGGCCACGCUGCCCGGGCGCACCUCCGAGGCCAACGGGCUCAUGCAGACCAGCCAGCUGUGAGGGCCGAGGCGGGCGGGGGGGGGGCGUCCUGCACUGACCGCUGUCACUCCCUCCGCCCCCAGCCUGUUCACGCCGUGGAGACUGGGCUCCUGGGACGCUGGGGGUGGGGGAGAGGCCUGGUGUCCCAGGCAGCGCUCAGGGCACCUUGACUUUAUCCUGCCCCCAGCCCAUGCUAUCCUGCUGGACGGGAGAGUGACCACUGGUGUGAGCCGGUGACUGCUCUCCCUGCCUCUGCCCUGCGGUCCCAUGUGCCUCCUCACACCAGCCCUGCGUCACCCGGUUAAGUGUCCGUCUGUGCAAACAAAGAUGCCUGAGCACCUGGGCCCCGGCCUCUGCCCCCGGCACUGCCCACCGACCGUGCUGACUCCGGGUGGCAGGUGCAGAGGGAACACGGCUGUGUGCGGCCUGCGGGGUGGGGAGGGUGGGCCAGGGUCCCACGGGGGACGCCUGGGACUGCAGAGCGCUCUCUCCCUGGAGACCCCCGGCUGCCCACCCCCACCACCGAUCUUCCUUCCUGGCUGGCCACAGUCAUGGUUUGGGGGCCAGUGAGGGACGGGCUGGGGACCGAGGGCUCCGUGGCGGGACUGGGAUGGGGUAGCGGCAAGCAAAGUGGCCGGACUGAGGGAGGAUGGUCGGCCCCCAGGCUUCUCGGUCCAGGGGACACAAGUGUUCAGAGGGGCCCUGUGCCAAGGGUGUCGGGAGAGGGGCAGGGGCUCUUGCCUGGAGAGGGCGAGAGCAGCAGAGGAGAAAUUUCCGGAUAGCAGUGGAGGGAGCAGCUCCGGCACAAAAGGCAGCCUCUUGGAAGGCAGCGCUGUGUGGGGGCCUGUGAGUACCAGCAAACGCCAGGCCCCCGGGGCGCGCCGCCGUGCCCAGACUGGAUGGUCCAUCCGCCCCCAGAAACACCGCCCCCCCACCGCCCCUGGCCGGAGACCUGCUGGGGCACCGUGGGCCUCGGGCGUCUCCGAGGCUGGAAGGAGAGUGACCAGAACGCCGGGGUUCACGAGGGCCUGCGCACCCCCCACCCCAUCGGGACAGCCCUCUCUGAUGUCACCCCGGCUCACACAGGGCAGGAGGGCAAGGGGGGCCGGCAGAGCUGUGCUGGGCAAGGGGAGGCCCGGGCAGCGCCGCCCGGACCCCGCGCCAGCCCUGGACAGAGGCCAAGGCCUGGAAACGCAGCAGCGUGGCGAGGGCGCCUGUGUUUGACAACCGAUCUCCUGAAUAAAUUGGAGAAUAAAUGUUUGACUCUUU